AUGAAUGCCGGGCCCCUCACAAAGAAUACUCCACAGUUCAUAAAAGACCUUGAACACCGUUUCGCUAUAAACAGCAGAAUCGGAAUCGACGCUCUUGACGAUCCAGCCGAAGCCCUCUGCAAUCCAGACUCGGUAGAGCGGAGUUCAUCAGCCGAAAUACCAGGUGAUCUUUUCAAACGCAUCAAAGUCUCAAAUGAGUGGAAAGCCUGGUCCCAAGUCGAAUUACACCUAUCGGAAAUUUUGGACUGCCCAGUGGCCUUGCAUACUGUUGAAGAAUUCGAAUUCCACAUAGACCUUAACGAAACCUCGCUUCCACCUAGCAGCACACUGGAUCUUUUCGUUCAACUUUUUGAUAAGACACCUCAGAUGAAAACAUUGACUUGGGAAGGGGCGAUUUUGAAGUACGAUGAGCGGGAGGAGCUCCCUCCUUCACCAAUAGAGCAGCAUUUCACUCUACAUAAUGUCCAGUUCCCGGGUGUGAGGACAAUGAUCCUCGGUCCAAACUUGGACUUCUUCGUACCCAUGGCACCGAACCUUCAAUCGUUGUGUUCUUCGUCUGACCCCGGCUGGGGCAAGUGGAUGCGCCACUAUUUUCCUCGUCCGUUGGGAAAACCAACUUUCGGGUUAGUCAAGGCAGCAUCAGGGGCUAGCAAGUUACGGGAGUUUGAGCUUGCAGCCCUUUGGACCAAAGAAUUGACCACCGAAUUCCGCCAAGGAUUCCCGGAUUUAGAGACAAUUCGACUACAUGGCUCGCUGGAUGGGUUUGGCCACGAUGGCUGUGAAUUGGGCGAAGUAUUGAAUGGAACGCUUGAGGACAUUUCUCACCUGAAAGCCCUCACUGAAAUUUGUCUGCCUUUGACCCAAGAUCCACUACUUGGGCUUGAGUUCCCUGGCUGUGAGAGCUGCUCGGCCGUCGAGGCGAGAAAGAAUGCGCGAUUCGAACUCACCUUCUCUCUAUCUCUCAUAGAAGCUGUGACUAACAUUGUGGUGGAAAAGUUGCCUAAACUUAAGAGGGUUUGCUUCCAAAGGUAUGCUUGCACAGAUGUAGUCAGUGGCGAGAAGCCGUCCUGGGCUUGGACCGGCAAAUUGAGAGAGUAUGUCCUGGAGGCGUCGCCGCGAUUUGAUGGAUAUAACAACAAGCGAAUUCUUGAAAAAGAAGAUCCCAAUGGACCUGUUCUUGAUACCUGGGAGAUGGAUCAAGAGUGGUUUCCGCAGGGGAAAGAAAAAGUCGAGCGCCAUGAACGCGCAGCGGAUGAACUCUAG